UUGACGAGAGACAUGCUGGAAAACCUUUAAAAUGACAUUGGUUGUGUAACUAUGGUUGUUUUUUUAUGUUUAACCCGAAGAUAUAAACGUGUCUUCUUGUAGGUCUACAGGAAAAAUACUAAAGCUACAAUCUAAGUUUAGGAGGAAACUAAAGCUAACUAGAGCUAUGUUACUGGUCGUUUCAUAACAGCUUAAUUAUCUGGGUUAUUAUGGGUUGUUAUGUCAUAUAAACCUGCCUAAACUAACUUUACUUACCGUUUUAUUCCAUUAGUUCCUCAAUACGGGUUAGAGCUUCUAAUGUAGGUUUUAUUCAUAUUUGUUUAGUUAUUAGUUCUUCAGGAGGAAUGAAGCAUAAUUAAAGUAUAAUCGAUAAAGUAUUUAUACUGAUGGCUGUAUGUCAUAAGAGGAAAACAAUUAAGUGCAUUUACACAAGUAUUUCAUUGUACAUUUGCAUGUAUUGAGUAUGCUUUUAUUACUACUACUGCACAUUUCAUAGGUCCUUUGCAGUAAGUUGUUAUAAAUUACAUCAGCUUACAAGAAAUAAAUUAAUGUUUUAUUCAUUUAUAAUAUGCACAAAUAUAUGUAUAUAUAAAGUCACACAGUCUAUUGACCUUUCUGCAUACUCGUUACAUUAAUUUUGAUACUUUACAUUUUGCUGCUGAUGCAUUUAGAGUGCAGGACUUUUACUUGUAGUGGAGUAUUUUUACACUGUUACAAAUGUAUACAACUGAAGAAUUAGGAAUUACCUCUUCCAACUUCUGCUAUAUACCUUAUGAUUAUGAUGAUCUGUAAGUCAUAAUUGGCCCCUGUUUUUUCAAUCUACAACCGCAUCACUGUCUACAAAAUCAGAUACAUUUGAGGCAGCUGCUCUGUUUGUGGAAAUGUGGAGCAUCUAUAAAGUAUUAGUCUUCGCUCUGGUGUCAGCAUCAAGCUUCACACCCGUGUAUGUCCUGGAUUUCUGCCAAACUACCGACCCUGAUUGUCACAGUCAUGACAGCACAGCAUCAAACACCCAGCAGUCCCAACACACAUUCAAAUCCAGGUGGAACAUGAGUGCUGCAAACCUCAUACAGGACCUGGACCAAUUUACAGUUUCCUGCAAGAAGCUCAUGGAUGCGUUUCCAAUCGAUGAAGUUGAUGGCAAUUUUGUUCGCACUGUGAAGAACUGCAUAUUCUCCAAAUCCAUUCCAACCCCACUGAAAGGCCCAUUAAAACUAGCAGCAGUUUCUAAGGAUGUCAUUGAGGGGAUCUUAGAUUUGGACACAGCUGUGACCCAGUCUGAUGAUUUCCUACAUUAUGCCAGUGGUGGCAGACUGCUUCCGGGAUCAAUACCUCUUGCACACAGAUAUGGGGGUCAUCAGUUUGGCUACUGGGCAGGUCAGCUGGGUGAUGGUCGAGCACAUUCCCUCGGUCAGUAUAUCAACAGGAAAGGAGAAAUAUGGGAACUGCAGCUUAAAGGCUCUGGAAAAACACCAUAUUCAAGAUCAGGAGACGGUCGAGCCGUGAUCCGCUCGUCUGUCAGAGAAUUUCUGUGCAGCGAGGCGAUGCAUUCCUUGGGUGUUCCCACCAGCAGGGCCGCCAGUCUUAUUGUAAGUGAGGAGCCGGUGUUUAGGGAUCAAUUCUACAAUGGAAAUGUUAAGACAGAGAGAGGAGCUGUUGUACUCCGUUUAGCUAAAUCAUGGUUUCGGAUUGGAUCAUUAGAAGUUUUGUCUCAAAGUGGAGAGAUAGAUCUUCUGAGAAAGCUGUUGAACUUCGUGAUCGAUGAACAUUUUCCUUCCAUCAAUUCAAAUGACCCAGAUAAAUAUUUGGUGUUAUAUACCACAGUUGUAAAUGAAACAGCACAUCUAAUUGCUCAGUGGAUGUCAGUCGGGUUUACACAUGGUGUGUGCAACACAGACAACUUCAGUCUCCUGUCCAUCACCAUCGACUACGGACCUUUUGGCUUCAUGGAGUCGUACGACCCCAAUUUUAUCCCGAACACAUCAGACGAUGAGGGAAGAUACAGCAUAGGAGCUCAGGCCAAUGUCGGACUGUUCAACCUGGAGAAACUCCUUUGGGCUCUUAGUCCUGUGCUUUCUAAUAAACAGCAGAGAGAGGCUAAAAUCAUUUUGAAAGGAUAUGUUGAUAUUUACCAGAAGAGGAUUCAACAGAUAUUUAAAGCAAAACUGGGGCUCCUUGAUGAGGAGGAGGAUGAUGGCUAUCUCAUUGCUUUCCUGCUUAAGAUGAUGGAGGACACACAGUCUGAUUUCACCAUGACAUUCAGACAACUUAGUGAAGCUUCAGCCGAGCAGCUUCACAACAGGGACUUCACGAAGAUGUGGGCUCUUGAAGACUUGUCAUCACACAAGCACUUCUCUGAUUGGCUCAAUAUGUACCUGCUGCGGCUCAGCAGGCAACCAAAUGAUAACGAUGCAGAUCGUCAAGAUAGGAUGAAAACUGUGAACCCUAGAUAUGUGCUGCGGAACUGGAUGGCAGAGGCUGCUAUAAGGAAAACUGAGAUGAAUGAUUUUUCAGAGGUGGAGCAGCUGCACCGUGUACUUUCAUUCCCCUUUAUUACACAAGAGACUGCAGAGGAGGCGGGCUAUGCAGCAAGACCUCCACUGUGGGCUAAGAGGUUAAAGGUCAGCUGUUCUUCAUGAGUAGCUAAAUGCUAAGAUGAAGAAUUUCAACCCAAGUUUUGUGAUCUUUUUUCUUUUUAUUUCUUUGAAAUUUUUGGUCAUAUUCUGUCAGGUUGGUGGAAUAUAUUUGGUCCAAAUUGUCAAGGUUGUUGUUGUUAUAAAUAUAAGGAACGUCUGCUUUAAGAUGCAGUUCUCAUGGCCAAAGAAAUAUUCAAAUCUAAUUGUAGCUAGCUCAUAUUUUGACAGUUUUACAGUUGAAAAUACAUCUGUACAUGUUGUAAUUGCAGAUUAAUGCAGAAUAAAGACAAAGAUGAAGUUGCUUUGUGUUGCUUUUUGAAGGAUCCAGACA